AGGGAGGGUGUGCCCCUCAUCACCAACGACAUGGUGGACAAGGCCAUCACCAAGGCUGAGCUGUCCCAGUUCUGCAGGCGGAGGACACGUGGAGUGGACGCCACGGUCCUCCGCAUUGAGCAGCUGCUGCAGGAGCUGAUGGGGGAGAAGGGGAGAGACCUGCUGGGAGUUCCACUGCUGGACCAGACAAAGAUGGAGCACAUCUGGCGCACCCAGAAGAGGCACGUGAAGUGCAUCCAGGAUGUGCCAGGUGUACUCCUGUACACGGAGACAGGCAGCUCCACCAGGGAGGGGAUCCAGCUGACCACGUACAGGUGUGCAAGAGGCUCCACCUCCUUGGAGUCCUUCCACUGCCACCUGAACAGGUUUAUUCCAGGAACGAGUGCAAACCUGCUCAACUUCCAGCUGUACCUCCUGGAAGGCCUGAACAGGUGGAACCAAAACCGGGCAGCGGCCUCCAUCACCACCAAGCGCAUGGCGCUGUUGACGUACGCGGGGGACGUGCUGGAGUCCGUCAACAGCAACAGCCUGAAGGUUUUUGGAAGGAAGUAUGUUCCCUCCUUCAUCCCGCCGAGAAAGUACACCGGAGAGUUGCUUGGGGUGAACUACCUGCUUAGGCAGACAGGGCAGCCCUUGCAGGACAUGGACCCCGACUCUGAGGAGACAGACCAGCUGCUGGAGGACCACGCCACAGAGGAGGAACAGGCGGAUGAAGGGUUUGAGGAUGAAGGACAGGACCUCACUAUCGGUAGUGUUUCGGAAGACUUCCCCUCUUCCGCCCUGCCUUCUACCACCCUGCCUGUGGUCCCCACCCUGCCACUCACCUCCUCCACCCUGCCUUCCACCACCCUGCCUGUGGUCCCCACCCUGCCACUCACCUCCUCCACCCUGCCUUCUAACACCCUGCCACUCACCUCCUCCACCCUGCCUUCCACCACCUUGACUGUAACCACCUCUAUCCUACCUGUCACCCCCACCACUCUGCCUGUCACCCCCAUGCCUGUAGCUACCACCCUGCCUCCCCCCAUAACCCAGCCCUGUGUCCCAGGUGCCUCCUCUUAG